AUGGCGUCGUCUUGGGAUUGCGUGGAGACUGACUUUGGGGAUGAAACAAGGAAUUUUGGGCCGCGACAGGAAUCUGGAUCAGCGCUUUACGAAGUGAACACGAUCGCUACAAUAGGACAACGUGAACCGAAUAAAAGUUGUGAAAUGCCCCACCUCUCAGCAGCUGUGGUUGGAGAGUUGAUUGCUGUUGUGGCCAAUCAGCAUCUCUCUGUGUUUCGGGAUCUUCAGUUUGAACAGACCUUGGAAUUUGAUGCGGUAAUAGAUACACUGGCCUGGAGUCCAGAUGGAGCUUUCCUGGUAUUGGGAGAUUGCAAAGGCUCACUGUAUGUGGUGGAACCCAAUUCACAGGAAGUCAUCUGCAACACUUCCAUAUUGCCCCCAAAUAAAAUAGGAGGGAAAACUUUCCAGAGUAUUGUUGUCAAGAAAUUCACCAAUGGGUAUGACAUAGUUAUUCUAUCAACUUCAUCACAGAUGUUUGUGAUAAGGGAGGCAACUCCAGCAGUCUUCAUGGAUGGUUCAAAGAGUUUGCAGGAAAAGCUGACCAUUGAAAUAGGUGACUUGACGACUGUUCAUACCAGAGAUACAACAUGUGCUCUUUUCCUGAGGAGAAACAUCAUAACAUUGGGCUUCGGUGAGAAUAUUGUAGGCGUGUGGUCCUCGGACAGUGGCCAGCUGGAUGUGAUCAAGCAGGGCACCAGUUUCUUAACACGAGAUGCUGGGAUCCUCUCUGGUUGUGUCACAGCCAAUGAGAAAUUUCUUCUUCUAUUGGAUGAAAAGAAGCACCUGUUAGUUUUGAACUCACAGUUCAUGUUGCUGACAGUGUGGGAUGAGGAAACAGUCGAGGCUUUCUUCUUGUUGGAGUCAGAAGAGGAGAAUAAGUACAGUCUGGAAGGUGUUAAAGUUGUGAUGAUUACAUCAGCAAAGGGCAAGAACUGUCUUCAGGUGAAGAAUCUGCCUGGAUGGGAUACAGCCUAUACCCUACAACUCUUCCCCACUCACCUGGUUGAGUCAUUUCCUUUCCAGGAGUCUCUUUACAUUAUAGAGUGGUGUGACACAGAUGAAAAUAAUGACAUUACGGACCCACACCUGCGGGUUAGGUGCCUGACAGAAGCUUUACCAGAGACCAGACUUAUUCGACUGCUCAAUAAAAACAGAUUUGAUGAAGCAAUGCAGUUUGCUAAAAUGUUCAGCCUGGAUACAGAACUUGUUUAUAAAGCAAAGUGUAAGUACCUGUUGGACCAAGUAUCAGCGUGGAAUGUGGGGAAAUACGAGCCAGAUGUUGUCAAGGAGAUGAUCAGCGACCUUCACACCUGUUUGUCCUUCAUCAAGGAUAUUGCAGAUAUUGUGUCUCUGUUUACCUAUGUUGCUUUACCAACCCUACAUGACACUCACAAGAUACUGCUGUACGUCAAGAAACUGAUGAAGUCCUAUUUGGGAGCAAGGAAAGAUUUAACAGAUGUUCAAAGAAGCAAAGCCACAAAUGAUUUGAAGAAGCUUUUGGAAGUUAUUCAUCGCUUGAUGACCUAUAAACUGGUGUAUGGACAAGAUAACUAUUGUGCUGAGAGAUGGGAGCGUUUUAUUAAGAGUCACUUGUGGGAGGAUACAUUUUCUUGGUUCAAACAGGGAGAGCUGGGCAAGGCUCUUGCCAUCUGGACAAGACAUCAGCAUGACUGGGUUACAGACCUGACCAGAGAGUCUUUUCAUGAUUUACUCACUGUGAUCCCAGAGAAUGUGACGGGAGAUCAGCUCACGAGCUGGAUCACCCAGGAUCUUCUGCCCUUUAUCCUGUGCACUGUACCGAAAGCUUUCGUUGUCCUGCUACAAUGGUCAGUUCGUAAGGCACUGAACAUGGAGAGACUAGAGAAGGAGAAGUGGCCAGUGAAUGCCAUGAAGUUUUUGAGAUCAGUUCACAGAGCCGGGAUGGAGUUCUGCUACACCAAGUCUGCCACACCUGCAGAAACAGUCCUCAGGACCCAGAUGAAUGUGACCCAUGCACUACAGUCAAUCAACGCUGAGAUUGUUAAACUCCAAAACAUGUAUGACCUUCAGCAAAAGUACAAGUUUCAACUGACCUAUGGUCAGUUUGUGGAGGAAUCCACUGAAAGCGUAGCGUUCCGCAUGCUGGACAAGGUGUGGGCAAUAGAGCUUAUACCCACAACACUGAAGAAACAGAUACGGCCCUACAUGAUAGAACACAGCCUCAAAGAAGAUGACAUCUUCUCCAAGUACAUCAAAGAUUUGUUGGAGAGAAUGGGAAGAAAAGUGUCAUACCACGGGGAGGCUCGGUGGGAGGCUAAAGCUGUGGCUGUGAUCAAGUACAUCAAAAGCUCUGAGUUGAAGUGUGAAGCAGUCCUUGAAGUGAUGAAGUAUGCAUCUAUUCCAUGGACUGAAGAUGUGCAGAAUUUAGUACAAGCUGGAUUGAAGUUGGAUCAUCCAAAAGUUAAGCUGUUGAAGGAGCAGUGUAAUAUCACACGGAUCAAAGAGAUUCUGUUGAAGUAUGAGCUGAAGAAGAUCAAGGUGGAGGAUUUGGGGGACUAUGAUCUCUCUCGUAUUAUGAAGUUCAUUCUGAAGAAAGAUGGCAGCCAGUCUGUGGAAGACGCUUUGCGGAUCAUAGAGCUGAAGAGAUUAGACCGUUCUCAUCAGGUGGACGUCUAUGCCUUUAGACUACGCUUCUUGGUGGAGGGAGAUCGGGAACAUGAGGCCGUUUCCUUGGUGAGGUCACUACCCACUUACUUGUCAGAGACCUGUGCAAAACGUCUCAUCACCUACGCCCAGGUUAUCCUGAAUGAACCUAUCCGCUGGCAGCCAAAGGUGGAGGAGAAAGGAAGACUACAGUUUGCUGCUGCAGGCUCCAGUUUCUGCUCCUACCUGACAGAGCUCCUCAAAGAUCGUCUUGAUGUGGAGGAAUAUGCAGAUGCCAAGCAUGAAUUUGACAGUCUUGCCACCCUACAGACAGAGUUUGAGGAGGUGGUCAAACUGAAUGAUUACAGAAGUGAGGUGCAGCGAGAUUCCCUGCUGGCCAAACACAUACAGGACAUGUUCUCUAGGACAAAUCAGCAAAUGAAUGCACUGUGCUACAACAAGCUGUUCAGACUGGCAGAUGUGCUCCAGGUGGGACGUCCCCAGCUAUUGGGUCAGCUGGUGUUAAAGGCGGCCAGAAGUGCACAAGUUGACACUGCUAUAGACCUUUGCAGGAUGCUACUGGACACUGAGCCCACCCCACAGACAGGCAGAGUGAUGUAUGAUGUGGCCAGGACGCUGUGUGUACUUCAGGAUAACCUAGCCUCAUUAGAGAGUCCACCCAUAGACGUGCUUCGCCGGCUACCGCCCGUUCUCAACACUCUUGCCUCUCAGGCAGUCAUCCUUUGCCCCACAGAGUUAAUUGGGAAAUGCUUGGAGCUGUGUAAAGUGACAGAUCUCUCCUGCAGACUGUGUGGUCAGUGUGAGGCAGGUGACUAUGACCUAUCUGAACAGAUGGGAGAUGCCACAUCCCAGGACCCUUACGCUGUAUGGAAUCUGGAUACUGUGUUCAGAGAGGAUGCCCUGGUCUUAGAUUCUGCCCUGGCUUUACCUCUAGCUGCCCGUGUUACCAGCUCUCACAUGGGACUUGUAGAGCAUUCAUUCUCCGCACACCCCAAGACGGAAGAAGAGAAGACAGAGGGCAUGUUAGACUUAGCUAGCAGUGCUCAUAACCUGGUCGUAUACCUGCAGAAAAAUGGCCACCUGGGCCUGUCCGUGGAGUGUCUCCGGCAGAUGAUGGCUACUGCUCUACGCUGUCUGCUGUACCAGAACGAAGAGAAGUUUGAUGAUGCCCACCUUCAGUUGUUCACCAAAGGCCUGUCCAAGUGUAGAGAGCUCACCUCUGCGUUGUUGUCUAAGGUUUUACAUCAAAGUCAUGUUGACCACAGACUGGCUUUAGCUUAUCUGACCAGUCUGCCCAGACAGGUCAGUGUGACCGUGCUGAAGAAAGGUGUGUCUGCUGCCAGACACAACUACAAGAUGAUCAUGUCUGUGUCCAGGGUGGGGAUAGCCUUGAGCAGCCUUUACAGGGAUCCCAUGGCGCUAGCCAAGUUUAAGGAGCUGGAGAAAAACGCCACCUGGGGUCACAGAUUGAGCAAAAUUAAGAUCAACUUCCGAGAUGCAUUUAUGGCACCGUCCAGUGAGAAGACAAAGUUGCUGCCUUCCAUGGCUCAAUGUGAAUCUGUCACGAUUGAUUUAAUUAAAGACUACUGCAGGUCAUUUCAGAUUGAAGAAGAUGAAGGUUUGCUGAUGUACAUUAACCAUUUACUGUUAACACCUCCCCCACUUCCAAAUGACCUGGCAGGUCAGCAACAACAACAAGCUCAGUUAGAGAGAGCUAGGUUAGCUAUGCAGGAAGUGAAAUUACCUGAUGUAUUGGAGGAGAGAUUACAUACUUUACUUUUGGAACAGGUGAACCCUUACAACUAUGAGGUGAUUCAGUUCCUGUUAGAGGAGAUAUUAUCCUUGUCACCUGUGUCCAAUGCCAAGGCGCAGAAAGGCUUAGAGCUGCUGUGGUACCUGAAGAUCUACCAACGCUGUGUCCCUCCCACAGAGGCAGAGAUUAAGUACAGCAUUAUGCAGGAGUCUGAAGAGUUAGUGUGUGGACUGGAGUCUCUUCAUCCCUUGUCACAGGAUAGGCUACCAUACCCCCCUCUAAUGUCAGACAAACCCAUGAGCAUUAUCAAACCCGAGCUGAACUAUGGUACUGUGACACAGUGGAUCCCAAUGGCUAAAUUGUUACAGAUCCCCCUGGACAACCUGUACAUGGCAGCCAUCAAGAACACAGUAGUACAGUACAAGGAGAACAACUCCUUCCGCCUGAUGGCGGGGACAGAUGCCUCUAAGAUCAGCCCAUCUAGCUGGGAGCUGAGCGAGGCUGGCAUGGAAAUGCUGAGGAAGGUAGAGGAGAUGCUGGUCAAACUGUCAAACUGUGAGAUGGCCAUGGCCUGCUGUAUCUCCUCCGUCAUUUCUGUACUGCCAGUUGGUGUUGAGAAGCUGGUAGCCCUGGAGAAGGGUAUAAGCUAUGCAAUGAAGUGGUACAAGGCGGCUGAGGAAGGUACAUCCAGCAAAGAGCGAGCCAAGGCUACCCAUAUCAAGUUUUCUGAGCUGUACCAGCGUUUGGCCACAGAGAGGAUAUUGUAUCAAGCCAGCAUGACUCAGCCAGAGCUAGUACAGCUGGCUAACAACCCUAAAGCUCUCCUUCACAAGCUCUACAUGCAUCCCAGCAUUCUGCAACAUGAGGACGAACGAGAUGGGGCCAAACCUGAUAUUCAUGAAAUGGCCAAGAAGAUUGCUGCAGUGAACUCGAUUCAGCUGGAGAAGAUUGUGAAUGAUUUGAUCCUGGAGUGUUUAGGAGGGGAGAGCAGGGCAGAGGAGGAUACGGACGCAACCAUGAAUUUUACAUUCACAAAUAUGGACUUUGCAAAAGAAGAGCCUGUCUCUGAGGAUGAAGAGUCCUCCCUCAGAAGGGUGAUGUACCUAUUGAGAUUCUACACGGAAGAGUUUAGCUGUCAGUUCCUGUUCCAUUUCUUCAACACUUCUCCAACGGAUAGUGUGAUGCAGAGUAACAAAUGUCUGGUGAGAGCGUUGCGAUGUUUACUGGAACUAGCAGAUGAUGCUACUAUUGAGCGUGUGUGUGGAAAGCCAGCAGUUAAAACCAGGUGUGAGUUGCAGGUGUUGAUGUAUCUGGUGGACCUGGACAGUUUGAACAUUCAGCACAGCUUGGACAGUUUUACACAGUGUAACAAACAUGCCCUGGUAAAGGCCGUCUGGCAGAAACACAGUCACAAGAAAGUUGCCGUACAGUUAGUGUGUGACAUUUGUCUGGAUUAUAACAUUGCUGAUGUUCACUUGUGGAGCUGUGUUUUGCAGAAAUUACAAGCCUUUGGCAUGAGCCAGAAGCUGGAGAACUCCCUGAUCCGAAUCAGUGGCAUCCGUGAAUUGUGGCAAAUCCCAUCACUGGCCAAAGUCUGGCAGGACGUACUCGUCAGCUUCCUUAACAAAGGUCUACCUCCAUUGCCAGCUGAACAGAUUCAAGAAUGUGCUCGCGCCAUUAAUCUUCUGCAAAAGUGUCCCGUUUCGGAGGAAUUAGAUCUGGCUGCUUUAUGUGAGCUGUGUAACCGUGUAGAGAUGUACAGCUGUGCCCUGGGCUGUGUCACCUUUAUGUUGGAUCAGGACCAACAAAUACAGCAGGUCAAGAUGGUGAUGUCAGCAGGUCUUGAAGCUGUCGUGGACAAUCUCAGAAUGGCAGAAGAACAAGGAUUGUCGGCUACGAUGAUUUCUCGGGUGGAGAACAUUCUUUUUCAGUUUGGAGAGAUGACAAACAGUUAUGAUAAGAUAUAUGGGUCAGAGAGACAACAAGCCUUUAUUAACUAUUUGAUAGAAAAGCAGGAUGUCCAAGGGUUGGUUGAACACCUUCAUAAUCACAACAGGAUGAAGGAGGCAGGUGCAGUAAUUGAUACAUACCUGGAGAAGUGUCCUACAGUCGCAGCUCACCUGAGGGCUGCCUGUCAUGGCAAGUCGGAGCAACUCAAAGUACAGAUUUUUAUGCAAUCAUCGUAAGAGAAGAAGCCAAAUCUAUCAAGUGAAUUUCCAUGUGGAAGUUGUACCCAUACUAUGAAGAUUUAUAUCUGUCAAUUUAACUUCGAGAUUACAGUGCACUCCAGACUCCUGAAUGGAGAUAUGGGUUUAUUGUUCCUGGAUGUCAUUUUGUUCAAUAUUGCAUUGUCCAUUGUCCACAUUAUCAUAUAUGUAUGUUUGAAGUGCACAUACAUCAUUUAUGUAACUUUUAUCACACCAUAACUUUGACUACAUGUGCAUUUAAUAUAAAUGUAUUCCCAAGAAAUCAGGAUUUGCAUUCUUCUUGCUGUCUUUGCCAGUUUGUUUUUGUAUAUUUAAUUGUGCUGCAUAUUAAUUGAACAGAGUAUCAUUUUUUUAUUUUUAUUUAAAGAUUUGCUUUGUGAAUUAGUGAAUCCACAACGUCCAUGUUAUCGAAGGUAUCUUAAAUACAUGUAUGUUCCAGUCCUCAAAAUGUCCUACGAUGUAGUUG